CUAAAACAAUAUAUAUCUUGUAUCCGGUAGCAAAGGCAACUCUUGUAGUUCUGCGGCGCAAGUUGCGUUUAAACUUUACACAAAUGAUUGAUUAAUUUUGUUAACAUUAAUAAGUAAGCCAAAACAGGGCAAGCAAACAGUAGCUGGGUUUGGAGACUUUCCAGUUUCCAUGAAACCUAAGGCGCCUACCGGUAAACAUAAAUUUAAAAACAACAAAACACAGAGCGGCAGAAACCGCAAUCCGCCAUGGUUUCCAUAACCGGUUUCACCCAUUUCUUCUUCUUCUUCUCUCUCAAGGAUGGCUGACAAGAGGAUACUUCCGCUCCACGGUCAACUGCCUUCCCACUUUCUCCCACCAUAUAAAUACAACCCCUUUCCCUCUCUUCAUCUCGCCACCAUCAACAAACACAACCAAAAGCGUUUUAUCAAUCCAUUUCACAGUUUCCAUAUUAAACUACUCAAAAGUUCCACAGAAACAGAGCCAUGUCGAGCACCAAGGGUCAAGUCAUUCGCUGCAAAGCUGCGGUCGCUUGGGAGGCAGGGAAGCCAUUAGUGAUCGAAGAAGUGGAAGUCGCACCUCCACAGGAGAAUGAAGUUCGCAUUAAGAUCCUCUUCACCUCACUCUGCCACACAGAUGUCUACUUCUGGGAAGCGAAGGGCCAAACCCCAAUGUUCCCUCGAAUCUACGGCCAUGAAGCUGGAGGGAUCGUGGAGAGCGUGGGCCCCGGAGUGACGGACCUGGCGCCGGGGGACAAAGUUCUGCCGGUGUUCACCGGGGAAUGCAGAGAGUGCCGUCACUGCAAGUCCGAAGAGAGCAAUAUGUGCGAUCUUCUCAGGAUCAACACCGACCGCGGAGUGAUGCUCGCCGACGGCAAGUCCAGGUUCACCAUCGACGGCAACCCGAUUUACCAUUUCUUGGGGACCUCUACCUUCAGCGAGUACACCGUUUGCCACGUUGGCAGUGUCGCGAAGAUCAAUCCCGACGCGCCUCUCGACAAAGUCUGCGUCCUCAGCUGCGGUAUCUCUACAGGUCUUGGAGCGACUUUGAACGUUGCAAAGCCAAAGAAGGGACAUUCAGUUGCCAUCUUUGGGCUAGGAGCAGUUGGCCUUGCUGCUGCUGAAGGUGCAAGGCUUUCUGGAGCUUCCAAGAUUAUUGGGGUAGAUUUGAACACCAGCAGAUUCGAGCAAGCCAAGAAGUUCGGUUGCACGGACUUUGUGAACCCGAAGGACCACGACAAGCCGGUUCAACAAGUGAUCGCUGAGAUGACCGGCGGAGGAGUCGAUCGCAGCGUGGAAUGCACAGGAAGCGUCCAGGCCAUGAUCUCUGCAUUCGAAUGCGUUCACGAUGGAUGGGGAGUUGCUGUGCUAGUCGGCGUCCCGAACAAGGACGACGCCUUCAAAACCCACCCGGUGAACUUCCUGAACGAGAGGACGCUGAAGGGGACCUUCUUCGGCAACUACAAGCCUCGGACCGACCUUCCUUCGGUGGUCGAGAAGUACAUGAACAAGGAGCUGGAAGUGGAGAAGUUCAUUACUCACUCGGUGCCCUUCUCCGAGAUAAACAAGGCCUUCGAGAUCAUGCUGAGGGGAGAAGGGCUGAGGUGUAUCAUUCGCAUGGAGGACUAGACAGGGACGAAGAACAGAGAACAGAGAACAGAGAGUCCAUUAAACAUUAAUAUGUGUUGUUAUUGUUGGAGUUCAACUGGUUGGUUUCUGGAUUUCUUUGUAUGUAUGGAGUGAUUCUGUCUUUUUAAGUACUCUUGUUACUGUUAUGCUUAGUGGACGUUUCUACACAUCUUUAAUUAUCGAAUAAGGAUGAUCUCUAGUGAGAGCGAGUUGGUGUCACAGGUUCUUGUGCAACCUCUCUUAUUCUUGAGUUAACAAUUUGUUCGUAAUGAAGUGAAAUCGUAGAGGGCUUACUGAUUCUUAUUCACCUCUUAGCUUAUAUGCUCAGCAAUGACCACUACAGGACACAAAGUGGUUCAUUGCUAGAGUUAAGUGUCUGUUCUUUAGCUUGAAGUAGAAACAAAUACAAAGCUUGGCUGAAAAGUAAAGUGUCCAUAGACAAAACGACUUCGUAUUAAAAGAGAGAAGUGCGCUGGGAUGAAACGGUGUGGUUUGGUCAUCUGUGUUGUUCUGCAUCUUCUCCCUCUCAACAAAUUGUGUUUUCAAUUUGAUUCAUGCCUAAGCUGUUAUGAGUAUCAAUGUAGAAAUAUACACAUCAUGUUAUUUUGCCCAACCAUGAGUUUUUGUGUAAGUAGUAGAAGGGAGGAUUUCAUGAUGUGUCGGUUUUGCGGCGUUUGAUCGUUACAACGAUAGCUUGUAAUCGUUUGGCUAGACAUUCACUAUUAGUAAAUGAAUCUUAAUUGUAAUUUUUGUUUCAUUCUAAAUAAAAAAAAAAGGCUUGGUUUUUGCCUUGUAUGUAGUAGCUGCCAAAUUGGAUAAGAACUUACUUACAUUUAUACCAAAAGAUUUCAGUAUUUCCAAUUUGGCAUACCACAUUUUUGGAAUUAAAUAUAAAAAAUGAGAAAACAACUUGUAAUCUCCAUAAAUGCAAAUAAUAUCCAACGAAUUAAGAUAUAUUUCCUUAACUUGAAAAAUGAGUUGGCAAAGGGAUUUUCUUCUUUGAGAUGUUUCAUGUUUGUUCUAUGGUCGAUUGUCUAUAUAAACCAACCACAACAACACAACAAUAUGGAAAAAAUCUCAAAGUACACAUGUUCUUAAAAAAAAAUUUCAAAAUACAUAAGUUAUAAAUUUUUUUUCCAAAGCUACACAUGUUUGGUAUUCACCGUUUUUGACAAACGCAGUGAAGACUAUCACCGCGUUUGACAAGCACGGUGAAUAAUUCACCGUUUUAAAUCAAAACGGUGAACCAAUCACCGCUUUAAAUUAAAACGGUGAAGAUAUCACCGUUUUAGGGCAAAACGGUGAAUACCUUCACCGUUUUAGGUUAAAACGGUGAGUAUUAGGCACGUUUUCAACCCCUGUUAGGUGAAAAUUAGGUAAGAGCUACCUAAUGUUCACCGUUUGAGACAAACGCGGUGAUGGUGUUCACCGUGUUUGACAAAAACGGUGAAGAUUAGGCAGGUUUUCCUAUAAAUACCAGGCCACCGGCAAUUAUAAAAACAAAACCACUCCCCCCCUCUUCAAAUUUCAGCAACCAAAAACCGAGCAUAAUACACAGGCGGGGAAUUUUUGGUAUGAUUUAUUUUUCGUAUUAUAGGUUAAUGAUGGGUUUUUAGUAGUUAUAGUAUGAUUUAAUUUUCAUAUUAUAGCCUAAUGAUGUUUUUAGUAGUUAUAUUGUUAUGUUAUGAAUUACUUAUCGUAGCAAUUGUAGUUGGGAGAAGGGGGGGGGGGGGGGGGGAAGGGAUCUGACGAAUUUAAUUUAUGGGAUACUUCACCACGUUUGUGGAACGCGGUGAAUACACCACGGAAGUCAAAGGCGGUGAUGGGGGCGACGUGGACCAGAUGUGAGGCGUCGGAUCUGGGAAGAAAACCACGAUCCGCGCCUCACCGCAUCUGACGGCCACGGUGAAAGGAAAAGCGACGUGGAUCGCUGACGCAAACAAACACGGGGUAUUCAC